AAGAGCUCGCGUGUGAUAUGUUUGUGUAUCCUCAGUGUUUUUCUCUCUUAGGUGUAAACAGAGUCUUUUCUCUGUGUAUUUUAGCGUUUAGUGUAUUUUAGGACACUACAGUGUGUGACAGUAAUCAGGGCUUACAGGAUGAGGAAUCUACUGAUCAAACCUCCACAGAGUCUCUGGAUUCUGUCUGGAACAUAAGGAACAUAUGGACAUAAGGAACCUCGUUUCAUGAGGAAUGAUGAAGAUCAAAACUAAACCGACAGAAAUAAAAACUGAAACUACAGAAAUAAAAACUGAAACUACAGAAAUAAAAACUGAAACUACAGAAAUAAAAACUGAAACUACAGAAGAGGAUCACACUAAGGCAGAUUAUAAUCAUGAGGAUUUUAUUCCUUCAGAUGUGAAGAGUGAAUUAUGUUUGGAUGGAGAAAUAACGUCCUUGACAUCUAAAGAGCGACGGACAGCACAAACUCUUUCCUGCAUCACCUGUGGAAAGACAUUGAGCUCAAAGGGACAUUUAGAAAGACAUAAGAAAAGACACAACGAGCAGAAACUCUUCCCCUGCAGGAUAUGUAAGAUCACCUUUAAUACCUUACAAGAGAAGAAACUUCAUUAUUCAAAAGUGCACACAGUGAGGCAGAAGAAACAACCGUUUCACUGUGAGCAUUGUGGGAAGGAUCUUUUUGCAACAACAUCUCAUAUUAAUGCUCACAUGAGGACACACACUGAUGAAAAGUCUUUCCACUGCACUGAAUGUGGCAAAUAUUUCAGCAGCAAAGGAAAUCUCAUUGUCCAUUUGAGACUUCACACAGGAGAAAAACCAUACGAGUGUCCUCACUGUGAGAAGAGAUUCAACCACAAACCUCAUCUGAAGACACAUGUGCUUUUACACACCAAUGAGAGACCGUAUCAGUGCAGUCAAUGUGACAAAGCCUUUAUACAUAAAUGUUCUUUCAAUUUACACCAAAAACUUCACUCGGGAGAGAAACUCCAUCAGUGUUCACUCUGUAAUAAACCUUUCUGUCAUAAAUCUCAGCUAAAAGACCAUGAGAGACUUCACACUGGAGAGAAACCUUACGUCUGCUCGAUCUGUGGAGAGAGAUUCACUUAUUUAAAAACUCUAAAGAAUCAUCAGAAGAAACAUACUGAAGAACAAACUACACUGAAAUCAUCAUAGUGACUCAAUCUGUGAAAUUCAAUCAAUCCCAGAGUUCUCCAAACUGCAUUUUCCUGACUUCCUUUUAUAUUGCUUUUCAAGCUAUUUCGUUUGAACUUGAAAGGUCUGGGUUCAGUAUCCAUGGAGACGUUCAUCAGGGGCGGGUGUAAUAUUCAAAUUACAAUAGUUUUCAUCCGCCACAUUUAUCAACGGCUGUCAAUCGUACGACGGAAUUGGCCGCAUAUGAAAGUUUAAUGAAUCACAUGUAAUCGCAUUGUCGUGAGAUAUUUGCGCAUGGAUCUGCAGUUGUUUCUGCGUUGGAUUGAUAAAUGAGUUCUUAUGUGGUUUAUUAUUGGAGUUUAAAGCCAAUGAUUUCAGAUGAUAUUACUGUGAGACUUUCUGUGGAUUAAAAGUUUUGGCCUUGGCUUAAAAAUGCAAUGCACUGAAUUAAAUAAUCUGCCGAAUAGAUAAAUAAAAAUAAUAAAUGUUU